UUUCAGAUAUGAAAUAGAUGUUCGUUAGAUCAUCUUGGUUAUUAUUAUGGGGCACUAUCGUGUGGGCUUCCGCCGAGCCGGUCACCCUUCACAUCGGUGGCACGUUUCCGAUGGAAUCUGGCUCCGGAGGAUGGGCAGGAGGAGAAGCAUGUCUUCCGGCAGUUGAGAUGGCACUGAAAGAUGUCAAUAGUCGAUUAGAUAUUCUACCUGGUUACGUACUUAAUAUGACUAAUCACAACUCGCAGUGUCAACCAGGUCUUGCUAUGCAACAAUUAUAUGAUUUUCUUUAUAAACCACCUACGAAGCUGAUGCUUCUAACAGGAUGUAGUCCCGUCACAACUGUAAUUGCUGAAGCUGCGCCAGUGUGGAAACUAGUUGUGUUAUCAUACGGUGGAAGCUCUCCUGCACUUUCCAAUAGAAAUCGAUUCCCAACAUUGUUCAGGACUCACCCGUCAGCGAAUAUGCAGAACCCCACGCGAAUUCACAUAAUGGAAAAAUUCAAAUGGAAAAGAUUUACUAUUUUGAUGUCGGUUGAGGAAGUUUUCGUUACCACUGCAAAAGAUCUGGAGGCGAUUGCACGAAAAAAAGGUAUUAAAGUAGAUCGGCAAAGUUUUUACGGGGACCCAACUGAUGCGAUGAAGACUCUACAACGCCAAGAUGCUAGAAUUAUAGUCGGAUUGUUUUAUGUAACUGAAGCUAGGAAAGUACUGUGUCAGGCGUAUCACCAUGGAUUGUACGGUCGUCGAUACGUUUGGUUUUUUAUUGGUUGGUAUGCGGACACUUGGUAUAUUCCACCCCCAGAAGAGCAUUUGAAUUGUACCGCCGAGCAGAUGACAGAAGCUGCCGAGUACCAUUUCACAACAGAAAGUGUCAUGCUAUCUCGCGACAACAUUCCAGCAAUUUCCGAAAUGACUGGUAUGCAAUUUCAACAACGCCUUACUCAAUACUUUCAAAAAGACACUGCAAAUGUCGGAGGAUUCCCUGAAGCUCCACUUGCAUACGAUGCAGUUUGGGCGCUCGCAUUGGCUUUCAAUUGCACUCGUAACAAUUUGCCAUCUCAUAUUCGAUUGGAAAAUUUUACAUACGACAACAAAGUUAUAGCAGAUACACUUUUCCAAUGUGUCAAAAACACCUCUUUCCGUGGUGUGUCUGGAAAAGUCAUGUUUUCGGACUCUGGAGAUCGUAUUGCUAGAACUCAAAUUGAGCAGAUGCAAGGAGGAAAGUACAAGAUCAUGGGUUAUUAUGAUACAACAAGUGGAGAUUUGGAGUGGUACAAUAAAGAGCAGUGGUUAAAUGGUAAAGGACCACCACCAGACUCGACUGUGAUUAAAAAGCAUGCCAUGACUGUGUCAAAUGAGUUCUACUAUCCUACAAUACUUUUCGCAGUUCUUGGCAUUGCUGCAUGUGUCUUCAUUUACCUUUUUACACAAAAACAUCACGAACGAUUAAUUAUCUUCCAAUCCCAGCCGGAAUGCAAUAACAUUCUACUUAUAGGGUGCUCGUUAUGCCUUUUUUCUCUUUUCCUCAUCGGUCUUCCUUCCGAUGAUAUUUCAAUUUCAGAAUCUCUUUUUCCACUCCUCUGUCAUGCUCGUGUCACUAUAUUACUUUUUGGGUUUACAUUUGCUUAUGGGUCUAUGUUUGCGAAAGUUUGGAUUGUCCAUCGAAUGGGCGCAACUGAAAAUCAGCAAUUGGCAAGUCGCCAGAAAGACGAGGAAGAAAACACUCCGUGGGAAGGUAUUCGAACCUUGAUAUCCACGAUGGUCGGCCGACAAGCUCUAAUGCGCAAAUCGUCGGGACAAGCGUACGGCGCAUUACUCGAGAAGCGGAAUACGGUUCUUAAUCAGCCGAUUUCGUCAUCCAAGUUCUACGUUAUUGUCGCAGCUCUUACCGCUGUUGACGUUUUCGUUUGUUUCGUAUGGGUGCUCAUAGAUCCAUUGCAUUUAACUGAACAAAAGUUCCCACUUUUUACACCGGCUGAUAGCGAAGAAGACGAAAUGAUAAUGCCAGUUUUACAGCAGUGUCAGAGUAAUCAACAAGAAGUGUGGAUAGGUAUCAUAAUGGGCUUCAAGUGUCUUUUACUGGUGUUUGGCACAUUCUUGUCAUAUGAAACCCGAAAUUUGAAAUUGAGAUUCAUAAAUGACUCUAGAUUUGUUGGACUUGCAAUCUACAAUGUAGCAGUAAUGACACUGGUGACAGCUCCUGUUGUGACGCUAUUGAUACAUGGAAAAGUGGAUGCAAAUUUUGCAUUUAUUUCCUUGACAGUACUCAUCUGCACCUACAUCUCAGUAGGCCUAAUAUAUGGUCCCAAAAUUCGGCACAUUAUAAAAGUCCCACCAAGUGCCGAUGAAAUACAAUUGAAUGGAAACGUAGGACCCGGUGUAAUGUCAAAAGUGGAUCAAAAAAGAUAUGAUAUGCUAAAGAAGGAGAACGAAACGUUGCAAAUACAAAUUGAAGAGAAAGAGCGAAAAAUCCACGAAUGCAAAGAACGUCUCGAAGAGUUGACAAAAAACUCGGAGACUGAAGAUAUGAAUGCUCAAUUACUUUGCGAAAAUGAUAAACAAAUCGCCGAUGAGAACUUAACGUAUUCAACAGCCACUACUCUAACAACAACUAUUCCAUUAAUAGAUUUGCAAAAUGGAAAUCAUCCGGGUCAAAUUUAUGAAAAUGACAACGAUGACGACGGCUCAUCAACGUCAUCCGAUGAAAUACUUUUAUGAACAUAUAAUGUCCACUGUAUAAUAUUUGAAAUUUUGAAUUGUGUGUAAAAUUGUGAUCUGAUGACGAUAGUGUCAUUACUGAUGGUGGAGUAGCUCCGGUGAGCAAAUCGCUUCGAAAAAACAUGCCUAUGGAACCACAAUGACAAAAUAUCAUAGUUAAACUCAGAAGAAAAGAAAUUUUGAAAAAAUUUUAUUCCGAGCCAAAAAGUGGCAAAUACUGAUAUUUUUUCCGUUUUUUUCAAAAAUUUUCAAAAAAUUUUAUGAAAUUUUUCCAUAAUUUUUUUAAAAAUUUUUAAACUAUGAUCUUUGGUCAUUUUGGUGCCAAAGAUAUGUUUUAAACCAAUUUCCCCACGGCCGCUACCUCCACCUUAAAGUCGCCUUCCCAUCCAGCAUUCUUUCGCCUUACCCCCUUUAGAGGAUCUCACUUUUGUCUUGUCGAUGCGUUUUUUUUGUCUCUUCUACUUCUAUGAAUGAAUCAGACACU